AUGGAUGGUGAUAUAGAGGACUUGAUGGAAAUGGUGGAGGAAGGAGGAGAUGACACCUUCCUGAGAUGUACUGAAGAUGAUGAUGUGUCGGAUGAGGAGUUGGAAUAUCUGGAGAUUGAGGAGGAAGAGGACGCGAUGGCCCCAGCCACUAACGCCCAGUCUCAAGUUCCCAGUGCCCAGAGCAUAGCCUCAAGUGGGCAGACACCACCACACACUGCCCAAUGCCUGUCGAACACCCAACAGGAAGCUUCCAGCACUCAGACCCUGGUGUCCAGGCCACAGCAGGCUCCCCAGCACACACCGCCCGAUGUCGAGCUUCCAGCUUCCUAUAGUCAGACCCCAGUUGCUAGACCGCAGCUGCCAAUGCUCAGCCACGGGUGCACAGCCUCCACCGUGCAGCUCCCAACAGCCUGGCCUAAGUGGCUAGACCCAAGCACUCAGUCCCCAACACACAGGCCCAAGUACACAGCCUACAGUGCGCAGCACCCAGCAGCCAGCCCGCAGACCCCAUUGCACAACUCCUAG